GGGGGGUCAAGUUCAUGAAUCAGGCUCUAAAGUCCUGAAGAACCUAUACGCGUUUAAAUUUACAUUUUACUCUGAAUGAAUUAUCUUCUUUAAUUUAAUAUCUGAGAUUAGUUAACAGCAGCAUCUCUCUCUUUGAAAAAGGCAGAACUACUUCUUUCUUAUAUGGCUGCAGCAAGAAGAUCCCUGCACUUUUGGGUGAUUCUUCAUCUUUGCUUGAUUUCCAUGGCUAUCGCUCAAGGUGAAAAUCAGUUCAUUUAUCAUGGCUUCAAUGAAGCCAAACUGCGUCUUGGGGGCAUAGCAAACGUCCUCCCCAGUGGUUUAUUGCAGCUAACCAACAUUUCUGAGAUUCAAACUGGGCGUGCUUUCUAUCAAUUCCCAAUCAAGUUCAACAUAUCUUCCUCUCAAUCUCUUUCAUUCUCCACCAAUUUUGUAUUUGCAAUAGUUCCAUCAGAGUUUGAUCACAGUGGCCAGGGCAUGGCUUUUGUCAUCUCACCCACCACGGACUUCAGUAAAGCUGUUGCAACUGGAUAUUUUGGGCUCUUCAAUAUUUCAACCAAUGGCCGCUCUACAAAUCAUAUCUUCGCGGUUGAGCUUGACACUGUACAAAGUGGUGAAUUUGAAGAUAUUAAUGGAAACCAUGUGGGGAUUGAUGUGAACAGCCUGACUUCUGUUGACUCUGCACCAGCAGCUUAUUUUUCUGAUAAAGAAGGGAAGAACGAAAGCCUGGACCUAGCUAGUAGAAAUCCAACACAGAUUUGGAUAGACUACAAUGGGGCAGAAAAAUUACUCAAUGUAACCCUUGCUCCAAUUAGAAUCCCAAAACCCAAAAAGCCUCUCUUGUCAAAAUUGAUCGAUCUAUCUGAAAUUCUUUUGGACUCUAUGUAUGUUGGUUUCUCUGCUUCAACUGGUACUCGUGAAAGUGAGCACUACAUUCUCGGAUGGAGCUUCAAUGAAACUGGGCAAUCACAAAGCCUUGACAUUUCAAAGCUUCCUUCUCUUCCACCCACCAGGAAAGCAAGUGAGAAAACAGAUCCACUGAUCAUCAUUUUGCCUGUAGCCGCACUGGUUAUGCUGAUAAUAAUUGGUGGAGCUGUUUACAUUGUGAGGAAGAAGAACUAUGAAGAAGUAUUUGAAGACUGGGAAAAACAAUAUGGUCCUCAUAGGCUCUCCUAUAAGAAUCUGUAUGAAGCAACCAAAGGCUUCAAAGACAAGGAGGUCAUCGGGCAAGGCGGUUUCGGAAAGGUGUACAGAGGCGUACUUCCUUCUUCGAAUGUACAAAUUGCAGUCAAAAGAAUCACCCGCGACUUGGAUCAAGGGAUGAAGCAGUUUGUUGCAGAGAUUGUAAGCAUGGGAAGGCUAAGGCACAGGAACUUGGUGCAACUCCAGGGAUAUUCCAGGCGAAAGGGAGAACUUCUAUUGGUCUAUGAAUAUAUGCCUAGUGGAAGCCUUGACAAUUUUUACAGCAAUAAAAAGCCAGGCCUUAACUGGUUUCAGAGGUUUCAGAUUCUCAGAGGUGUAGCUUCUGGCCUCCUUUACCUCCAUGAAGAGUAUGAACAAGUUGUUUUACAUAGAGACAUAAAACCUGGCAAUAUUCUUUUGGAUGGUGAUCUAAACGCAAAAUUGGGAGAUUUCGGUUUCGCUAGAUUAUAUGAUCAUGGUAGCCACCCACAAACCACCAACCUGAUAGGCACAGUGGGUUAUCUGGCUCCAGAGAUGCUUAAAACUGGAAAGGCAACUACUGGUACAGAUGUAUAUGCUUUUGGAGUUUGUAUGCUUGUGGUGGCUUGUGGAAGGAAGCCUAUAGAGCCUGGAAAGGAAAAUUUGGUUGAUUGGGUUGUUGAUUUCUGGUAUAGAGGAGACAUUCUUGAUGCCAGUGAUCCUAGAUUGGCGGGCAUAUAUGACAGAGGGCAAAUGAGUUUGGUUCUGAAAUUAGGGCUCUAUUGCUUAGAGUAUAACCCAGAAACAAGGCCUAGCAUGAAGCAGGUGAUGCAGUAUUGCCAAAUGUAGCACCUGAAAGCUUUGUGAUUGCUUCUUUCACUACAAGUAAUAAAGCUUAUGAAACUGCUGACUCAUUUCGGUUGUCGGGCGAAACUAGUUCCACUCACAUCUUCUCUGCCAUUGAUCCAAACGUUACAACUGGCAAUUGAAUCUACCGAUUUUCAUACAAACCCAGUUUUCAUUUUAGGAAAAUGAAAGUUAAAUUUAUGGAUAAACCAGGCUCUUGGUGUGAUCCUGUGAAUAUUUGGAGUCCAUUAUUUAAUUUCUCUUCGACAUGUUUAUAAUGAGCAAUACUUUGUGUACAAAAUCUUUGUAAAUUAAAGAAUAUUACAUGUCAAACAGACAAGAUUUUUACAUCAA